AUGGCAGCGGAAGACAUGCAACAGGAGCUGCAGGCUCUUUUCCCGCUCCUCGAUACGGCCCUCAUCGCCGCUAUCGCAAACGAGUCAGACGACAUAGAAAGCGCAAAGGAGAUUCUCGAGGUGCUCAACGCAGAAGCUGUAGCGGAUGGUUUAGAUGCACCGGUGAAUGAUCUCCAUUGGAGCGAGACGAGUGAGGAGCUGGCCGGAUCGACGGCGACGAGUAGUGCGUUGAGCCUCGGAGCAUUGGAGGAUUUGAAUUUGGAUGAUGCAGGUGACCUCGACCACGAAGCCCUUUCAUUUCUGGUCUUGUCCUUCCCGAAACAGAAACUCGCCAAUUUAAAGAUCGCUCUCCGAAAAUGCAAUGGCGACGUCGUCCGCGCCGUCGACGAACUCCUCAACAAAGAACUCCUCGACCAAGAAAAAGAAAUCGAGGGUCUUCCUCAAUCAGGCACCGUAGACGACCUCUUUGUCGGCGACGGACUCCCACGACGAAAAGGAAAGAAGAAGAAGCACGUGCAUGAUACUUCUCCUACUGAGGACGAGUCCGUACAGAAUGGCUCUUCCUGGGAGCGGUUUGGGAUUGAGGUGGAGUGGCUAACAAAGCAUUUGCAUUUACCACGCGAGAAGGUAACGUCGGCAUACCACGCCGCCUCAUCAUCCCUUCCCGCUGCCCUACGUACCCUCCUCUCCCUUCCCCGUGACGAAGCGUCUGAAAUAUGCGCAAGAGAGGAUUACAUACAGAAUCUAGUAACACUAGAACGGUCGCACGGUAUGGUCACUACGGAAACGUGUACGAACAUCCUGGUUGCGGCGCAUGGAGACAUGGAAACCGCGACCUCCAUUGCCAACAUUCUCCAACGCUCAGCGACGGCACCAAGGGGGUCGAGUACGACGUCUUCAGCCACCGUCUCCGGAACUUCAACGCCUCGCAAAACCCCUGCCACCACCCAAACCAAAUCCUACGCCGCCGCCUCCUUGAUCGACGAAGAUGACAUCCGCAAUCCCGCACAAGUUCGAGCUCUUGCACAGGAAUAUGCCGCAAAAAGAGAUGCCGCAUACCGCCAAGCCGCCCUCGCCUUCAAACGCGGCAAAAGCGACCAUCUCCUCGGCGGCGCAACGUCGUAUUACUCAGACCUCGGUCGAUCAUAUGACGCAAAAUUUCGGAAAUGGCAGCAACUCGCCGCGACAUCGCAUGUCGCCUCCAACUCGACCGCGAACAGGAUUGAUUUGCAUGGUGUUUCUGUGCAGGAAGCACUCGUGAUAACUAAGGAGGCAGUGACGCAAUGGUGGUCGCGGACGAAAGUGAUGGAGUAUAAGACGCAUGAUGUGGGAGCGGGGGCGUUGUGGAUUAUCACUGGUGUGGGAAAUCAUUCCGAGGGGGGCGAGGCGAGGUUGGGUCCGGCUGUGAGGAGGUGGUUGGAGAGGGAUGGGUGGGUUGUUAAGGGGGGAGGGAAGGGGAGUUUGGUUGUUACGGGGGUGGUGAAGAUGGGGAAGAAGUGA